UCUCUCUCUUGCUCUGUUCCUAAACCCUAACUAAACCCUAAUCGCGCCUUCUGUGAUUCCCCCUUUUCCUAAUCGAAAACCAUUCUUCGGGACUUUCACUUUUGUUCCUUCAUCCUUCGUUCUCUCUUCGUCCAAUAAUGGCAACAAGGCUUAUGUUCGAGAACUCAUGUGAGGUUGGAGUGUUUUCUAAAUUGACCAAUGCAUACUGUUUGGUAGCAAUUGGAGGAUCAGAAAGCUUCUACAGCACAUUCGAGGCUGAGUUAGCAGAUCACAUCCCUGUUGUUAAAACAUCCAUUGCCGGUACUAGGAUCGUUGGACGAAUUUGUGCUGGAAACAAAAAUGGGCUCCUCUUGCCACACAAUACAACCGACCAAGAGCUUCAGCAUUUGAGAAAUAGUCUACCUGAUCAAGUUGUUGUCCAGCGUGUUGAUGAGAGGCUUUCUGCCCUGGGGAAUUGCAUAGCAUGCAAUGACCAUGUUGCUCUCACACACACUGAUCUUGACAGGGAAACAGAGGAAUUGAUUGCAGAUGUUCUUGGAGUAGAAGUUUUUAGGCAGACAAUAGCUGGAAAUAUUCUUGUGGGGAGCUACUGCACCUUCUCUAACAGAGGUGGUUUGGUACACCCCCAUACGUCAAUUGAAGACUUGGAUGAACUUUCAACACUUCUUCAGGUACCUUUGGUGGCUGGGACUGUUAACCGUGGCAGUGAGGUGAUAGCUGCUGGCAUGGUUGUGAACGACUGGACAGCGUUUUGUGGUGCAGACACUACUGCAACCGAACUUUCUGUCAUUGAGAGUGUUUUCAAGUUAAGGGAAGCCCAGCCUACAGCCAUUGUUGAUGAGAUGAGAAAAUCAUUAAUUGACAGCUAUGUAUAAGUCAACUGAACGAUGAGUCCUGUGAGGUUGAUACAAUAAUCCCUAAGUGCUUAUGAUUAGGCUGCAGCCCAGCUAUACUCAUAAUUUUUGACAUGCAAGUUAUUUUAUGUACGAAAAAAAUAGCAUAUAUUAUUUUCCCCUUUGAAAAAGUGUUGUGUUUUCAUUUGUUUGAAACUGAGAGUUUCGUGGGCGGUUUUGUUUGAAUUGCAGAUGAAUCUUUUGAAAGAGAAGAUCCUUUUAUUUGGAUUGACCAUAAGAAUCUAUGAAUGAAACCUGUGCUUUGAU